UGGGCGGUGUUCCGCACUUGGUCUUGCGUGGCCGACGGUCCUUCCUUCUUGCUGGGUCACUGGGUGCUGGGUCCUCCCGGGGCUCAGUACUCUCGAGACUCAGUCCUCCUGCGGCUGAGUACUCUCCGGGCUGACUACUGUCGGGGCUCAGUCCUCUCCGGACUCAGUCCUGCGGGGGCUCGGUACACUGUGGAUUCAGUCAUCCUGGGGCACAGUACUGCCAGGGCUCAGUACUUUCCGGGCUCAAUCCUCCAGCUGCUCAGUACCUCUCUCACCCGUCACAGAUUUCGAUAAUAGAUUCCUGGAAACUCCAUAGUUAAAGGUCAGAGGUUUCCGGACGCAGGAAGUCCCGCCCCGCAGGGGCCUCAGAGUGACAGGCCAGUGGUGUGAGUUGACAGAGGAAGGGCAACUGCUUGUGAGUCCGUCAGUAGAGGGCUGGGUGCUCAGUGGGUGGAGUGCCGGGGACGCAGUGGGUGUUCCGGCUCUGGAGGAGAGGCACCCCGACGGCCUGGACUCAGCUCACACCUGCCGCGGGUGCCCAGGGACCGGGCUCCACAGCAUGCAGCAAUCCCGCUCCCCGCGGAGCUUUGCUCCACCCGAGGGGCUGCCCAGCCCAGCUUCAGUCUGCGGAAAUGGAGGACCUCCUCGGCUCUGCGGAAAGUGCUGCUUUUCCUGCUCAGUCCCCUAAGGGGCGCGUCUCCGCAAGGUCCUUGUGCUCAGUCCCCUAAGGGGUGUCUCCGCAAGGUUCUUCUGUUCCGCUCCGCUGCACAGGUGAUGACUUCCGGGUCAGCAUCGUUUGUUUCGAUCUGGACACCAUGGAGGUCACGUGGGAUCCUGCCUACUAUGUGGGGGCCAACCUGAGCUUAGCGUUCCGCUACAACCAUGAUCCCCUGCGGCGCUGCCCCCGCUACUUCCUGUCAGGGGGAAUCACUUCUGGGUGCAUCUUCCCCGCCCGCCGAGCACUACUGGAGAUCCACAUCCGGAAGGGUGAGGUGUUGGUCUACAUCCGGAAGCGACUGGCCACAGCCUACCUGAAGCCCGGUCCCCCAGGGAACAUGACCUUCCAUUGGCUGGAGGACUCCGUCCAGGUCACGUGUCCCGACCUUCCCUACAACGACCUAGUCUACGAGGUCCAGCACCGAGGGGCCAGAGACCCCAACUGGGAGACCUCUUCCGCGAACACAUGUAAUGUCACAGUGGCCGGAGUCGACCACCAGCGCUGCUACGACUUCCGGGCCCGGGUCACCACACAGGAGUCCACAUAUGGCCAUGAGACAUACCCAAGCGACUGGACCCCCGUGACACACUGGCAGGCUGCAAGGCGCACAGAGUCCUGCCAGGAGCCUGCUGCCCCGGCUUUCCCGAAGCUCCUGGUUGCAUGCAGCCUCCUGACCCUGCUGACUUCGCUGCUGCUGCUGCUGUCUCUGUGGAGGCUGCGGAGGUUCAAGAACAUGCUCAUGCCAUGUGUGCCCGACCCCAAGGGCAGCUUCCCCGGGCUGUUUGAGAAGCACGGUGGGGACUUCCAGGAGUGGAUCAGUGACACACAGCAUGUGACCCUGAUGGCAAAGCCAGAAGUCUGUGACCCCACAGAGGAGGCACUGGUCCUGGAGCAUCACGGAAAGAGGGAGGAGCCUGAAUGGGACAAGGAUGCUGGGUUUCCUGGCCUUCCACGAGAGGGCUUGAGGGUCGGAGACCUGGUGUCUGUGGGUGGGGUCACUUUCAUGAUGGACAGUGAUGCCUAUAUGACCUUGUGACCCUGGUGUGACCUCGGGCACUGUGAUAGUGUCACAGCCAAGGAGAGUGCCCACGGUGUCAGUCAUCAUUUCCCACCCACAUCCCCUGUCAAUCAUCACUUAGGACAUGCCCACAACCCUCCUGUCAAUCAUUAUGUAGGACAAUCCCAAAGCCCUCCAGUCAAUCAUCACUCAGGUCAUUCCCACAGGCCUCCAGUCAAUCAUCACUCAAGAUACUCCAACGAUGCUCCUGUUAGCCCCACCCACAACGUUCCGCCCCACCAGUCAAUAUUUGGGACUGUGAGGAGACCAGAGUUCCAGUCCUCCCGAACAUGGCAGGUUCAUGGCUCGGGUGAAAUCGCUCCGGGGCAUCACAAAGCCUCUGACCCAUCCCCCAGUAGGGAACAGACCAAGCUGAGAGCAAGAAUGAGGAGGCAGCAAAGAUGUGAUCACAUGACCCUCCAGGACUUAACAGGGCGACAGUAAGGCCCCUUAUGAGUAUUCCAAACUCAGCACAACAUACUGGAGUACUCAGCAUCAAGCACUAGGAACACAUCCUUAGCGGCAGUUUACCAAAAUCCACAGGCCCCUAAAGGGUACUCAGAAUUCAGCAACAUAACCUGGACUAUUGAACCACAGGGUCAUUUCUCUCUGUUAUAAGAAUUUAAAAGUCACUGUACAGUAAUCAGCAUGCAGAACUACACUCAGGAGUAUUCAGAAUCAAGUACUAUGUAUCCUUAGGAGUCAAUAACCUAGAUGUGACCUAUGAAAUUUCACACAUUUAAACAAUUCUGACGUAACUCCAAAUAACAGUCA